AUGGCAGCCACCGCUGUAGCUGCUACUAGCAGUACGAACAACCCUGUCAGCACGUACUUCCUUCAAAAAAUACAGGAGUUGCGUGCGCAGGAAAAACGCCUGCACGACAAUUAUUUGCGUCUCGAAGCACAGAGGAAUGAACUUAACAGACGCGUGCGCCACCUCAAGGAUGAGGUGCAGAUGUUACAGGAAAAUGGCUCCAUCGUUGCGGACGUUGUCCGUGUGAUGGGCAAGGGCAAAGUGCUUGUGAGCGUCAGUUCAAAUCAGGGCAAGCUGAUCGUUGAGGUGGAGAAGACAGUUGACAUCGCAGACCUCACGCGGAACACACGUGUGGCACUGCGCAACGCUACCUACGCGAUUCACUACAUCUUGCCGACCAAGGUAGACCCCUUGGUGUCGCUCAUGAAGGUGGAGAAGGCGGGUAGCGAGUCGACAUACGACGAAAUCGGUGGACUUUCCCGCCAAGUGAAAGAGAUUAAGGAGGUGAUCGAGUUGCCCGUGAAGCACCCGGAGCUCUUCGAGGCGUUAGGUAUCGCCCAGCCAAAGGGCGUGCUGCUGUACGGUCCCCCAGGCACAGGCAAGACGCUGCUGGCCCGUGCCGUUGCGCACCACACGGAAUGCACCUUUAUUCGUGUGAGCGGGGCGGAAUUGGUGCAGAAGUACAUUGGUGAGGGUGCCCGCCUCGUUCGGGAGCUCUUCGUCAUGGCGCGGGAGCACAGUCCGUCAAUUAUAUUCAUGGACGAGAUCGACUCUAUUGGUUCUUCGCGUCUGGAGAACACGGGCCAUGGCGGUGAUAGCGAGGUGCAACGCACCAUGCUGGAGCUACUGAACCAGCUUGACGGCUUUGAGUCGACACAGUCCAUUAAGGUGAUCAUGGCGACAAACCGAAUGGACAUUCUGGACGAGGCGCUUCUGCGCCCAGGCCGCAUCGACCGUAAGAUUGAGUUCCCCGCCCCUGACGAGGCGGCGCGACUGGAGAUUCUGAAGAUCCACUCGCGGAAGAUGAACCUAACUCGUGGGAUUAACCUCAAGACCAUCGCAGAAAAGACUAAUCACUGCUCGGGCGCCGAGAUCAAGGCUGUGUGCACCGAAGCAGGCAUGUUUGCUCUAAGGGAGCGUCGCGUGCACAUCACGCAGGAAGACUUUGAGCUCGCUGUGGCGAAAAUAAUGAAAAAAGACCAGGACAAGAGCGUGUCCCUCAAGAAGAUGUGGAAGUGA